AUGGCUUCUUCCAUCCCACGCCGGAGGUAUGUUCAAAACGUCGGAAGUGAAGCAGGAUCGGUGUAUGAGGUGAAAGUGAAUGCUCCACCUUCUGUGGAAGUGAAUGUGUCACCAAGUAAGCUGGUAUUUAGUGAGAUUAAGCAGACAUUGUCUUAUGAAGUAACAUUCACCAGUGGUUCAAAUGUACUGGAGAGGGUUGAUGGAGGCAUUAACUCUGCAUUUGGAUCGUUGGAAUGGAGCGACGGAGUGCAUGUCGUGCAAAGCCCGAUCGCUGUUGUUUGGAGUUUGAGUUCGUCUGUUGCAUCUAUGUGA